AUGCGUUUCUGCGUCCGCAAAUCGCUAGUGGCACUUUGGGCAGUCCUGCCUACUGCAAUAUCAUUCGAGUUUGUGAAUCCGUCCAGCCAUGGCAGCCAGAGCAGCUUCUCACAAGGCUCGGCCUACCCGGAGCACUCAGUCCUCCAGGUCAAUACGAGCUCAACUCUAGCUUCCAGUAAAUCUCCAGUGACGAUAGGCGACCUUGAGUAUAUCGCGGAGGGCCAGGCCUUUGAUAGAACGUCACGUCAGUGGAUCGUGGUGACAAACAAGGACCUGAGUGUCUCCAACGUCUUCGUGAUGAUGCUCUUUUUCACAGGAGCCACAACCGCAAGCGACAUGACCGUUUAUUUCAACAUUACGGCAGCCAGCUCAGACACUGUCCCAACAAGCACGUCAGAUGCCUCGACAAGCGCGCCAAGUGCCUCGAGCAGUGCAGCUACAAAGGCACAAUUGUCACCCACCACAACUGUCUCCGAUCCUCCAGCAGGUGUUACGGCUUCGAACUCGAACUCAGCAACACCAAGCUCCUCCGACCUCAAUGCCUCAGCGAAGAUAGGACUAGGUGUUGGUAUUCCUGCCGCGGCAGUGGUCGGUGUGCUGGCUACUUGGUUGAUCUUGCGGCGCAAGAGAGCUCCCGCUGCACAAGGUCACAAAGGACAGCAUCAACAAGAUACGGUCAUGCCCAUGGGCACUCAUGGACUCACUGGCCCCACCUCCAGACCUGUUUCCAAGGCCACAACAUACGGACCUGCUUCUAUUACAAAUGGAAGUGUUCGUCGUCCUAACACGGCAACGGGCACGAUGGUGUACGAGGCAAGCAAUGAGCCGGCUAACGUCAGCGAGUUGUAUGCGCCCACAUACCGGGGCUACUAG